GGCCACCGAAGAGGAAACACGUCCGGAAGACCAACUGAUCAGACGCCAACAAACGCUUAUCACAGAGUGGUCACAACUUUAGCAACAAUGGCCCACUUUUGCCUUGAAAACGACAUCCACAACAUCCUAAGAUUGGACAUGCCGAUUACAACGCCCCCGAUGGCGAGGUGGCAGUGGAAAGCCAGCACAUCCAACUCUACAAACCCAAACUCUCUAUCACCCAACAAGAGUGUAAACAGAUCAGUAAGCCUUUCCAAAACACCAAGCAAAACGCCAGGAAAGAACAGCAAAACCCAAAACACCCCUACAGCAGGGGGAGACCGUUUCAUCCCCACAAGAAAUAACAAACAGCUGGAUGUGGCGAGCUUUCUUAUUUCAAAAGCGAAUGAGCCGGUUGAAGAGACUCCAUCCUUGGCAACAAAUCAAAAAGCUUGGUCUGUGACACUAAAUGGGUAUGACAUUGAGGAAGCAAAAAUCUUACAUUUCGGAGGCAAUCCACUAAAUGCCCCUGAGGGUUAUCAGAAUAACACCACACCGGCCUCAGUCAAGAAAAGCAGAUGCAUCUCUUCAGUUACAGAGCAGAUUCUACAUGCUCCUGGUUUCAGAAAUGACUUCUAUCUGAACCUGAUGGACUGGGGAAGGCAAAACCUGUUGGCCAUUGGCCUUGCCCACCGUGUGUUUUUGUGGGAUGCUGCUGUGGAAGACAUCAUUUUAUUGAAGAAAAUGGAGGAUGAAAACAAUUUCAUCUGCUCUGUCUCUUGGAGCAAAGAUGGCAAUUUCCUGGCUGUUGGGACUAGUGAUUGUAAAGUCGAGUUAUGGGAUGUGCAAUGCCAAAAACGUCUUCGCAGCAUGGACGGCCAUUCAGCAAGGGUUGGAUGCUUGAGUUGGAAUCAUCACAUUUUGUCUAGUGGCUCUCGAUCUGGUAUGAUUCAUCAGCAUGAUGUCCGUGUAGCUGACCAUCACAUAGACACAUACGGGGGGCACAGUGGGGAAGUUUGUGGCCUUUCUUGGUCCCCUGAUGGACAAUAUUUAGCUAGUGGUGGCAAUGACGAUACUGUGUUUAUUUGGCCAAUGACAACUGGAUCAGGCAAUCAAGUUGUCCAAGCACUAACAGAACACCAAGGAGCAGUCAAGGCUUUGGCAUGGUGUCCGUGGCAACCUAACAUCCUUGCAUCUGGAGGAGGUAUAGGUGAUCACCAUAUUCGCAUUUGGAAUGCCAAUAGUGGCUCUUGCAUCAGUUCUUUGGAUACACCCUCACAGAUAUCAUCUCUUGUGUUUUCACCAAAUUACAAAGAGCUGGUGUCGGGCCAUGGUUUUGGUCAUGACAAGGUUAUCAUUUGGAAGUACCCCUCGCUUACUAAAGUUGCUGAACUUGAAGGACAUGAAGACCGAAUUCUGAACUUGGCACUGAGUCCAGAUGGUUCUACGGUGGC